UAAAUUAAAGCGAGAGAGACCAUUACAGGACGCGCUGAUGGGAGUUGUAUUUAUCUUUAUCCACAAGAAUUAAGCGCUCUUUUCGGGUCGGUGCUUUUCUAUAAAAUAUUAUUUUCCCAUCUAAACAUAUAUCAUUCCCUCUUUAUAUUACGAUAUCGUCACUGCCAUGGAACAAAAGAAGACGGUUAUUGUGACAGGUUUUGGACCUUUUGGAGAACACAGUGUGAAUGCAAGCUGGGUGGCCGUGCAGGAGCUAAUGAAGUUGGGACUCGGCGCAUCAGUGGAUCUACAUGUUAUUGAGGUUCCUGUGGAAUACCAAGAAGUCCAGAAUAGACUGCCUUCACUAUGGGAUCAGUAUCACCCACAGUUGGUGGUCCAUGUUGGCGUGUCUGGAAUGGCUACAACAGUAACCCUUGAAAAAUGCGGUCAUAACCACGGCUAUGUAAGAGCUGACAACCGCAAGUUUUAUCCUAGAUCAGAGUGCUGUAUGGAGGGGGGACCAGACUGUAUCCACUCAGCUAUUGAUAUGGAUGUUGUCUGCAAGAGGGUCAACAAUUCGGACCUCAGAGUUUCCAUAUCUGUUUCUGAAGAUGCCGGAAGAUACCUGUGUGACUACACCUACUAUACCUCCCUGUACCUGGGCAAUGGCCGAUCUGCCUUCGUGCACGUGCCACCACUGGGGAAACCCUACAGUGCGGAACAACUGGCGCAGGCACUCCGUGCUGUGAUUUUGGAGAUGCUGGACUUGUUGGAGCAUAGUACGGAAAAGCAAAUUUGCCAGCAUGGUCACUGAAAAAAAAUCCCACAACAGCUCUAUAACCCACUAUGUAGUGUAUGUUUAAUAGCCUACACCAUCCACCACAUAGGUGGGACUGGGCUGAUUGACGAUGUAGUCCAAACACUAACAGACUAAAGCCUGCUGCUGCUCUACUCUAACCAGGACAGACAGCACAUUGUGCGGUAUUGUGAAAAGAUGCUGAGAUGGGGUGCUAUGUAUAAAUGAUUUAUUAAUCAAACUUAAUAAUUAACCAAUCAGCACAUACACAACUACAUGCAGUAGGGUUACCACGAUUGACUACACCCCACUUAUAUCCAUUCACUAGAUAAAAGUAUGAAUUAUUUUUUUUUAUUUUGCAAGUAAAGACUAAAUUGUUUUUGUAUUUUUCUGAGGUAUUAUAAAUCAAAUUAAUAAUUUUAUGUUAUUAUAAACAUGUUUAGUCUGUCCUCUUAAAAAAAUGACUUUAGAUAAGUUAUGAUUGUACCAAUUAUUUUUAUGUGAGCAAUAUAAUUUUAUUUACAUUUAAAGCAGAAACUUGAAAGCACAUUGGAAACACUGGUGCUUUUUGAAUAUCAGAAUCUGCUAACUGAAAUAUUUUUGAAGGUUAAUGUUAAAAAUUAUAUUGUAUCAUGAAUAUUAUUCAAUCACACUUGUCUGCCAAUUUGUAUGUAUUUCAUUUAUAUUCUACAACUAGUCAUCACACUUACAUUAUCUACAAAUUGUCUGGGUUUGGAACCUAUGACUGAAAUGUGAAUGGUGCCUGAUAAAAAAAUAAAAAUAUAUAUUAGAAUUAAUACUUAUAGACCUAUUUAUCAAACAUACAUAAAAUAAAAUCAGUAAGAAAGAUAGUAUUUGUCUAGUUAAACCCCUUUAUCUAUUUUUAUUUACUUAUUCAUAAAUAUAUGUUUCUUAGAUUUCCUUUCUUUGGUUAACUGUUAAACUGUCUGCUCAUUAUAUGGUUAUAAUGUAGUAAUUAUAGUUUAAGAUGUAUGAAUUGUAGUUAAUUUACUGCAUUAAUAUGCUCCACUAAGGAUUCCCUUCUGAGUCUGGAACUUCUUAAGGUUUCUUUCCCAUACCAUCUCAGGGACUUUUUCUUUGCCACCUUGCUCAUAAGGGAUAAGAUUAAAGGUACUAACAUUAAAUUAUAAAUGUAAAAUGAAUAACCUAUUUUAAUUUACAGUCUUGGGUUGUCUAGUUGAUAGCACUGACAUGAUUAUUUCAUUCUCUCUUUUUAUUAAUAUUACAUUGCUGGUGCACCUCAUGUACAGUUACUUAAUUUUCCACCUUUAUAUACAAUCAUCAUCCACACAGAAAAUAAUAUUUUGCAACAUUGUUACCUUGUUAAUGCACCCUAAUGUAAAGUUCUCAGAUUCCCACCUGACUGCACUAUUGUUAACAAUGUAUAAUAUUUUAAAUAAUAAUUUUACCUUCUUUCUCAUUGUACUCUCUUAAUUUACCCUAACCUUCAUAUUCUUUUACACCUUGUUCCUUGUGUUUUGUUGCAUGUCUGAACUGGCUGCUGUAACAUUACAAUUUUCCUUUCGUAUGAAUAAACUUGUCUGUCAGUCAA